AUGUCGUCUGCUGCUCGGCGGCCACACGUUCCUCUGGAAUCUUCCGUCCCUCCGAGCGCCUGUGGAUCUGCGGAUGACACGGGCGAAACCUGGAAAUGGAACAGGGGGAUCUCUUCUUCGCACCAGUUAGACACCUUUCCAAAAGGUGCUCUGGCCAGACAACCCGGCCUCGCCUCGCUCGUCUUCUCUUCCUUUCCGCAGUCGCUCAGCUCUCCUUCUCCCUCUUCGAGCAUUUUCUUCCUUAGGCGGCUGCAGAUCUACCCACAGCGCCGUGUCAUCGGUCACCGCAUUGAAAUUUUUCGGGGGAAACAUCGACGUCGACGAAUGAUUCCGCCGCGGGUUCCGCUUCACCCUCUCGCGGCGAACACGUCCGAGGAGACGGCGUCCAAAGAUAUGAAUCUGUUUGAGACGUAUCGCGACCUCCAGCUCCGGUGGAAGAAGACAUGUCGGCAGCGAAAAAAGAAAUUCAACAUUGCGCGCAAGUGGCGAAUGCCGCGAAACAUUCGGCCCCUUCCCGACCCGAGCUGGACGCUCGUCUUCCACGUCAACCCUCGCAACGGCUACCGGCGAGGCCGAGGCAGCUUCGGCAGAGACAAGGGGACAGCGGGUGCGCAGAAUGACGCCGUGGUGGCUUCGGGCGACACCGUUGCGGAGGCUGGCCACGCGGAAAACGAAGAGCACCUGCCUUCUUUCCGGCGGACUGGCGUCGAUGAGGAGGCCGCAGCCAAGGAAGAAGAAACUCUGUUCCAGUUCAUCGCGCGCCACCCCGAGAAGGGUCAAAUCGAAGGGAGCGGACGCCCACAAGGUUCCCACGGCUGGGGCAAAGGCGCGCCCCUCCCGCAGUGGCUGCACUUGCUCCAGCGAACGCCCCAGGAAGAGCUCUUCUGCGUCAUGAAGAGCAACGUGUCGACGCAACACAAGGUCACUGCCGGCGAUUUGAUCCAAGCAGAGAAGCUACACCGCAAGCAGGCAGGAGACAAGGUUGUCUUUGGCACGGUGCUCCUCGUUGGGUCUCGCGAUUGGACCAUCAUCGGCAAACCUACGGUGCCGUUCGCGAAAGUCGAAGCAACUGUGGAGGAACAAACUCUCGCUGGGGAGACGCUCAGUUUCUUCUACAGAAAGUCUCGACGCGUUUCGCGCUUUCGGAGGAUUCGUCACUGUGUGACCAUGCUCCGCGUCGACCGCAUCGUCGUCGAUCCAACUAUGGCCGUGGACCCCCCGGCGCCGAAGCCUGACCGACUGCUCGACCUGUGGGCGAACCGGUGGCUGUAUCCCGACGAGCUCGAAGAAAUCUACGACGGGCGAGAGCACCAAAAGGGGUCAUACCAGCGCCGCGGUCUCACAGCUUCCUACCGUGGCUGGAUAUUGUAUGUCAGGUGGUACCCGGAUCCUCAAUCGGCGCACUGGAGACCUUGA